UACCCUUCCUCCACCUCUUCUCUCUCUCUCUCUCUCUCCCCUCAGGCUUCACCUCCCGCGACAACGAGGCGGACGACCACCGUCGGCUGAGAAGGAAGCGAGCUAGCGGUCGAAGACUUUGGCGGCGGCUUUCCUUCGGGAUAUUUACGAAAUGUGGAGUAUCUGCCUUCAUUGAUAUGAUCUCAUUUGCUCCUGAAGACGGACUAUAGCUGGUGGAAAGAAAAUCAGUAGAAAUGUUUUCAUUAUUCUAUGGACUCUGGAAGUAUAUAUUCAGCAAGACACAGUUCCAUGUUCUUAUUCUUGGAGUUGAUAAGGCUGGAAAAACUACUUUGCUGGAGAAGUUGAAGUCCUUAUAUUCAAAUUUGGAAGGGCUCCCUCCUGAUCGGAUAGUUCCAACAGUUGGGCUUAAUAUUGGUCGAAUUGAGGCUUCAAAUGCAAAACUUGUUUUUUGGGACCUAGGAGGGCAGAUUGGUCUACGCACGAUAUGGGAGAAAUAUUACGAGGAGGCACAUGCUAUAGUGUAUGUUAUUGAUGCUGCUUGUCCAUCAUCAUUUGAGGAUUCUAAAUCUGCAUUAGAAAAAGUACUUAGACAUGAGGAUUUGCGAGGUGCACCACUUCUGAUACUAGCAAACAAGCAGGAUCAUCCUGGAGCUGUUUCAGCAGAAGAACUUGCAAGAUAUUUGGAUCUGAAAGAGUUAAACGAAAGGCUUUACAUGUUUGAAGCUGUAUCUGCAUAUAAUGGAACAGGGAUUAAAUUUGCUAUCAACUGGUUGGUCGAUGUGAUGGAAAGAAGUAAGCGCACGGAGAUGCUCAGAGUUCGUGCAGGUGCAUCCGGGCAGAUUUAGCAACUUUAUGGACCUUUGAUAUCAAAGUCUUUAGCAGUUGGCUGUAUAUGGAUAUUUUGGGAACUACAUGUGAUCUCGUGGCAAACUGUAGUUGAGCUCCCUGUCAAUCUUAUCAUUCAGUAUUUUACCUUUACACAGCCAGAUGAACUGGUUGUGCAGGUGAUCCUUUGGUUGUUCAUCUGCGUAGCCUGGCCUGUGCAAAUCUGUAAAGAGUGAGUCUUCUUAUAUCUGAGACACUAUAUUCAAUUCAGCAUCGCAAAUAUAUUUGAAGUCAAAAACACUUAGGCAUGUUGAAAAUUUCAAUUUAAUAGCAUUAGAAAUGAAUUUGUAAUUUUCUCA